AUGGCUCAUCAGCAAGUUCCUAAAUCGCUGUCGUUUUGGCGCCUCCUGCUGGACCACAGUGCGCUCACGCAGGAGGUGUUGAACCACGACUAUGCAGGGUCGGGGACAGAAAGCGAUCCAUACAUUGUUCGCUGGCUUGAUCGCGAUCCCCGCAAUCCGAUAAAUUUCCCCAUCCGGUGGAAGGUCAUGAUUACUCUGUCAACGGCUUUUGCGACACUGAUGGUCUCUCUAUCCUCUUCUGCCUAUGUUGGGAGCAUCCAAGGUGUCAUUGAAGAGUUCCAUGUCAGCAAGACUGUCGCAACUCUCGGUCUCUCGCUGUUUGUCCUGGGAUUUUCUGUUGGCCCCUUAGUAUGGGCACCUCUCAGCGAGCAAGUUGGACGCCAAAUUCCCUUCUUUGUUUCCUUUCUCUGCUUGUCCUCCUUCACGGCCGGGUGCGCUGGGGCAAGGAAUAUCGAAACUUUGCUAGUUCUUCGUUUUUUUGCUGGUGCUAUCGGGUCAUCGCCCUUGACAAACGCCGGUGGAGUGGUUUCCGACAUGUUUAUUGCAGGACAGCGUGGACUCGCAUUAUGCUUGUUCGCGGCCACCCCGUAUCUAGGCAAGUCGGCCCAAUCGACCACAACAAAUGACUUGGCUUGA